AUGGAGCUGACCAUGGCUGCCCAAGAGGACGCUUCGCCUUGGGAUGCACCAAUAACAGCUGAAGAGGAUGCGCCGGGCAGCUUGCGCUUGCUCUCGGGUCGUGGAUUUUUCUCACGACUUGGCACAGUACGGAGGAAGCCAGGUCGCGCCGAUGCACCGCCGACAUUAUCCAAGUCAUGUUCCGACAAGUUGGCCCUUCGCCAGUGUACGACACUACUGAGUGGAUUUGCGACGCUGUUCGUUACGCCUAGCACAGGACUAUACCUCCGCUCUGUCGUUUUGCCAUCGUCGCAGUAUUCAGAGACGGGCUGCCGCCGUUGCUUCUCUGCCGAGACCGAUGUCGGCCGACUGGCUCCGGUGGCAGAACGUAUCUGGCCCAGACCAUAUGCGUUUGUGCCAUUUGCGGUGAAUACAACUGAUCUCGAGUUUGCAUUUUCCACACGACAUCCCUCUAUGAUCUCGACCAAGAAUGCAAGCAGCAAUCUCGCGGUCGCAUGGACCCUCAACGGUAUCAACGAAUGUUUGGUGAAUGGUGUCCUCCGUGGGCGUAAAGAAUUUGACCCGACUGGUGCCAGUGCUGUCUCGAGGCGUCAGAUGUGGAAGCUGGCACAGCAAGUCGCCACGAUGGUCAUGGACAAUGCUCAGGGUUCUGAUGAUACUAAGCGGCCCGAAGAGAAGACGCUUCAAAGGCUGUUUGACUGCAAAACGUAUAGCGCUCUCAAAGCUUCUCCUUCACUUGCUGCACGACGAGCGGUGAAGGAUGAUGUCAAGAACCUCGCAUUGAUGGGAUGGACGCCAAACGAAAACGACGGAAACUGGGGAUUGGACACUAUAUAG